GGCUUUGGUGCCUCAUGAGGAAAUAUAAAUACACACGAUGUUUCCCUUUUAUGUAUCGGUCUUGAACAUAUCAUCAAGAAGAAUCACCAUUCGUUUAUUUAUCCAUACAUCAUGACCGUUUCCGAAGUCCACCCAGAUUUUGAGAUCGUUGGCGUUUACGUUAACGUCGAAGGCAAGGAGCCGAUUUUCCACGACCGUACCAUUGUUCCAUUGCCAGCCUUGCAUUUCCAGAUCCCAGAGAAAUCCAAGUACUUUUUGACCCUCAAGUUCAAGGUGAAGAACCGGACCUUGAAAGACUUGAAGUACAAGCAGGUAGUCAAGGCCGCCGGGAUCACGGUAAAGUCUCGCGAAUGUGCGAUUGGGCCAGAGUUUGCGCCAAUCGAGGAGUCAGACGACACUGUGUACACCGCGGAGUUCCCGGAGGAUGUGACCCCAGGUGGGUUCAUGAUCAGGGGGAAGUACAACGCCUCCUCCACGUACUACGCUGGGGACGAGGCAUUGUUGGAGGGUCCAUGGACUUUGGAAAUCACUAAGAAAUAGAUUCCGGCGCUACUGUUUAUAGAAACAAGCCAUACACCAGAUAGCUACAAUGAGGUACUACGAGCGUGUUUAAUUAUAGUACACCUAAUACCAUGGAAAUGAAUUCACAC